UAUGUAAAUCCAAUCCUAGUAUGGCAAUAAUGUAUAUGCAAGCUUUAGUGGCUGUCUAUUUAAUCGGAAAAUUAAUUGGUAAAUUAUUUUUUGGAUCAUUACGCCCUGCAGAAUCGGAGCGUUUGAUAGAAAAGGCCUGGUAUGCUGUGACAGAAACAUGUUUAGCAUUUACUAUUUUUAAAGAUGACUUGAGCCCUAAAUUUGUAGCUCUAUUUACUUUAUUAUUAUUUCUUAAAUGUUUUCAUUGGCUGGCAGARGAUCGAGUAGAUUAUAUGGAACGUACUCCAGUUAUAUCAUAUAUAUUUCAUUUGCGCAUAUGGUUACUAUUAACUAUCUUAACUUUGGGUGAUAUAUAUUUUGUUCAUGAUGCAUACACUACUACAAUGAUCAAAGGCCCAUCAGUACAAUUAGUAUUUGGAUUUGAAUAUGCAUUACUCAUCACGUUAGCAGCUAAUGCUGCCUUUAAGUAUGUAUUGCAUGCAGUUGAUGUACAUAGUGACACCUUUUGGGAAAGUAAAGCUGUUCUCCUGCUGUACCUUGAAUUUUUUAUUGGGAUGUGUAAAGCUGUGAUGUAUGUGGCUUUCCUUAUAAUCAUGGUACGAACAUACACAAUACCACUAUUUGCUUUUCGACCAAUGUAUCAUACACUAAGAAAUUUCAAAAAAGUAUUCCAAGAUCUUGUACUCUCUCGUAGAGCAAUACAUAAUAUGAAUACUUUAUACCCGGAUGCUACAUUACAAGAUUUACAAGCCAUUGAAAAUGUGUGUAUUAUAUGUCGGGAAGAUAUGACUGCUGCAGCUGCAAAAAAAUUACCUUGUAAUCAUAUAUUUCAUACAUCAUGUCUACGUAGCUGGUUCCAACGCCAUCAAACAUGCCCUACUUGUAGAUUAGAUAUUUUGCGCCCAACACCUUUGACAACUCAGAAUUCUAACGCUCCCAUACCAGCAACACCAACACCUGGCAGAACAGCACAAGAAACACCAUUAAAUGAUUCAGCUGCAUCAUCAUCUGUUACUGAUAACAGUAAUGGAUCAUCUACUAGCAAUCAUACACAUGGACCAUCUAAUCAAGCAGGAAGUAGUGGAAAUUCCUAUUAUAAUCAAACACCACUCCAGUAUCAAUUUAGACCAUUUACAUUUCAACAACGAUCAACGUCUAUUGAUGAAAUUAAUGGAAACAACAGUGAUAAUUCAAAUAAUGGUAUACCUGAAUCAAAUAAUAUGAAUGAAUCGUGGAUUUCGUUUAUGAAUGCAGCAGGAAUAAGUGGUGGAAUUGGACCAUCAACAUUAUUCAAUGAUAUGCCACAAACUUCCUCUAAUUUACCAUUUACACCACACAUUCCACUUAAUUUACCAUUUGUUGGCGAACCACCAAAAAUAUCAAUUGCAAAAAAACAAGAUUUACUUUCUCUAUGUCAUUCCAACUUAAUUCCAGAGCAGUAUCAUGAGUUWUAUGAUAAAUUAUCUACUGAAAAUAAAGAAAGUACCGGACCAAACAGCAGCAGUGGCAGUGAAGAUCAGCUGAUCCAAGAAGAAACUGAACAGCAGCGAAUUAUUAGGUUAAAAAGGUUGGAGAAAUUUGGGAGUAAUUCCACGUAACUUUUGUUAAAAAUAUCUAAGUAUCCCAUAAUGUGAUUAUAAUGUUAUACUAAGUAUUAUUAAUAGUUCAUUUUAUAGUUAACUAAUUGAGAGGGUCAAUAUUUGGUUUAUUUCUUCAACUAUUCUAUAAUUUUGUAAUAUUUGUGUUUAAGCUGUUUUGCGAUUUUUUAUGGUAUGUAUUUGAAUCCAAGUUUUUCAUUUUGUUUUUUUUUUUUGUAAAACCAUACAUUUAGCUUAUUUACCAAUUUCUAGUGAAAUGUAAUUUUAUAACGGUAUAAAYAAUAAUAACUAAUUUCUUACUAAAAAUUAUAAUUUUCAAAGAAUCACAAGAUUAUAAUAUCAAACUAUUAAUAACAUUUAAAAAUUGUAUUAUCAAUUUAUAUGCAUGUAUAUUAUUUUCUAAGUUUUUGAGGAUUAAUACAAUGUAAAAUGCUAUUAUGUAUAUUAAAA